AUGUCGGGCGCGGUUUCUCGUCUUUCCCAGCUCGCAUCCCAGCUCCUGGCCGCCGGGAAUUCGUUCAAUCCAUUCCAGGUCCAGAAACCUUAUUCCCAUACACUCUCGCCAACAUACUUCCUACCACGGGCUGCUGCAAUCGAACCAGAUGCUACUGCCGUUGUUCAUAUAACUGCCAAUAACAAAACUCUUCGUCGAACAUACCAAGAACUUGCAGACCGUGCUCGGGGUCUCGCCUACUACCUUAAAGCACACAAUUUCAAACGUGUCGGGAUUCUUGCUCCAAAUACCCCUGCUUUCCUUGAAGCAUACUUUGGAAUUGCAGCCGCAGGUGGCGUAUCUGUCGCCAUAAAUUAUCGAUUAAAGAAAGAUGAUAUAUCUUACAUCUUCGAUCACGCCGAUGUCGAAGCUAUAAUUGUGGACACCGAAUAUCUAGGACUGCUAGACACAUAUCGGGAAUCACACCCUAACACUGUGAUAAUCGAGGACACGGACACCGAUGCUGUAGAAGGGGAACUUUGUGGUCCGUUUGAUGGGGCCGUUCUUGAGGGUCUUAAAAUCGACAUUCAUUCGGGCUCGAAGGGGUGGGACGGCCUCGAGGCCCAAGCGCAAGACGAGGAUGCCCUGUUCUCGCUCGCCUACACAUCAGGUACCACCGCUCGCCCGAAGGGCGUUGGGUACACCCAUAGGGGUGUAUAUCUCGCUGCUCUCGGAAACGUUAUAGAGAGCGGUUUAAAUUACCACCGCGGAAGAUGUAAAUACCUCUGGACCCUACCACUGUUCCAUGCAACCGGGUGGACUUUCCCCUGGUCUGUAACGAUGGUACGAGGGACUCACUAUUGUUUGAGGAAGAUUGAUUAUGGUCUGAUCUGGAAGUUCAUGAAAGAGGAGGGAAUCACACAUUUCGCGGCCGCACCUACGGUAAAUACACUGCUAUGCAAUGACAAGGCAGCGGUUAAGCUCGAAAAUCCCGUCAGAGUUACCGUGGCUGCAAGUCCACCAACUGCACACCUAUUCCAGCAGAUGACAAGCUUGAACCUCCACCCCGUCCACGUCUACGGCAUGACGGAGACCUACGGCCCAAUCAGCAAGGGGUAUUACAUGCCAUCUUGGGACGACCUACCGGACUCUGAGCGGUUCGCAAAAAUGGCUAGACAAGGGCAUGGCUUUAUCACGAGUUUACCACUCAGGGUUAUUAGAACCGGAGAGAACGUGUUAGAGGGGACGGUUAUCGAUGUCAAGAAGGACGGGAAGGAGAUUGGAGAGGUUGUAUUCGUUGGAAAUAUUUGUGCUAAGGGGUAUUAUAAGAAUCCCGAGGAGACAAAGAAGUUAUUCGCUGGUGGGGUUCUACAUAGCGGAGAUUUGGCGGUUUGGCAUGAGGAUGGUGCUAUCCAGAUUAUGGAUAGAGCAAAAGACAUCAUUAUCAGUGGUGGUGAGAAUAUAUCAUCAGUAGCCUUAGAGUCGAUGUUGGCGAAUCACCCGGAUAUUCUCGAGGCAUCUGUUGUAGCUGUUUCAGACUCUCAUUGGGGCGAACGGCCAAAGGCGUUUGUCACCAUCCAGCCGGGCAAAUCUAUUACCGGGGAGGAAAUCAUCGAGUGGGCAAAACAUGUGAGCGAUAUUAGCAAAUUCAUGGUGCCGAGGGAGGUGGAGAUUGUAAACGAGUUGCCAAAGACGAGCACCGGCAAAGUCAAGAAGACUGUCCUCCGGGAGUGGGCAAAGGGAGCUGAUCGUAAUUUGGUCAAAUAA